CAAGAUGGGCCGAGGCCAUAUGUAAGAUACCCUACUGCGCUGGAAUCCUUGUUUGUGGUCCCCUUCUGUCUUUGUUCCCUCCUUAAGAUGUCUCUCGCCGGGACCAAGCGCCAUGCCGCUAAUCACAGAUCACUGGUUGCUAGACCGAGAGCCGGUCACGACCCAUGCUCGAAGGCCGUAUUCUGGAAAUACGGUUCAACACUUCGGGUCUUGAGACCAUUCAAGAGAUUUCGGAUCGCGAGGGGGAACCUCGAAAGGGCAACGGCCGGGAUCAUCGUGUCUGCUACCAAGCCCGAGGUGAUCACAGCUGCAGUUAGCGGCUGGCAGGCGAACAAGUCUCGAGGGCAGAAUGUCCUCGAUAACGUCAAAUACAUGAAGCUCGUCCAAUACUUCACCGGCAUUCUGAAAUUCGAGCUGCCCCGGUCCUGUCGGGAUAACAACGGCCCAGCGCUACCAGAACACGGCGGACGCUUCUAUGCAUGCCAUGUGGAGAAGAAGUUGGCCGUCUUCUGGCUCAUUGCCGCCUUGAAAGCCGUGCUGGGCACGACCGACCUCCGGCGGGCACGCGAGUUGAAGGGAGCCGAGAUCCCGGAAGCGUGGAGGUCGGCAUGGAUAUUCUUGGACCACAGCCCCUGCGCGAAUGUGAGUAAAUGUUGGCGGCCGGGCUGGGCAGUGGCGGCCUAUCAAGCUAAUAUUCAACCGCCUCUGGACAGUGUUGGGCAUUUCUGGACAAAAUCAAGCGAGCGACCGGGCUCGAGAUUUACGUGGAGACACGGCCGUUCCUCGUGCAAGGCAACCGCGAAGGUGCAACGGGGUGCGACAAGUGCCUGUGCGAUCGGUGCAGACGAAGGUUCGGGGGCGAGCCGGGCCCAGACGGCGCCACAACCGGCUCCAAGGAACCUAGUGCUGAGAUGGAAGCAGAGAGCGGGAUUUCAGACGAAGAGGAUGCAUCAGGGCUAAGACCAGAAGCAGACUCCGGCUUCGAUGUGCGUAUUGGAGAUGGCAUUGAGAGGAAUGGUGGUGACAAGAGCCUGCCGCAAUCUCCUGGGCAGAGAGGACAGGAGACCGGACCGACGCCCACGAGGGCUCCAAACGUAAGUACCUGAGCUGCUGCACCAUUCAAACUUUUGGUCUUGUACAGG